UGUGCCAUCGACGCCUGCAUGGCAUUUGGAAUCUAAACUUACUUUUGAGACGUUUGUUGUUGAAUAGGAAGCUCUAGCUACCGUAAUAUACAAAAAAAAAUGAGUAAAACGUGUGAGAAGAUCGGAAGUUUUGCAACAAUGUUGUUGUUGGGUAUACUUACCUAUAUGGUGUCCGAAGUUUAUUCGUUUUCGGAUGGUACAGCUUUGACAGCAGGUGCGAACCGGAACAUGUUUUGUAAUCGUCUGCCGAGAGACAGAAUGCCAGUUCACAUGACAUGCCAGGGACCCUGUCCACCACAGGCGGGACCGGCGCCAUUUCGCUUGGAGGUUUAUGCCAGUACAUAUUGGGACGAGCCAAUAAGAGUCGAAAUAAUAGGAGUCGCUCCGGUAAAUGGAUUUGUGAUAUCAGCGUUGAGCAACGAAUCCAGCGUCGUUGGAUCUUUCGAAGAUUCCCCGGACGGGUCUUACACGACGGCCACCUGCAGUUUCCAGAGCCGCAUUGAAGGGUUCAUGGCCUUCCACACACGGGCUACCACGCAACGAUCUGGAGUCCGUCUCCUGUGGAACGGAAACGAGAGACACUAUGGAGACAUCCAGUUCAUUGCCUGGGUCGUCCUUGAUCAAUCAACAUUCUGGCGUCUUGAGUCACACUGGCUGACCAGUGAAAAAUCGGCUGGUGAAAACAUUGAUAUCCAUGAUCGUUUCUACGAUCUUGUAAAGCAGACGUUCGGCGUACUUCCGGUUUUCGAUGAGGGAGGCCUUCAAGUGUCCUUCGUGUCACAAGGUACGGAACUCGAGGGCAAUGAAACUCUGGCAGCAAACCAAACACUGCUUGCUGCUAAUGGAACAGUCAACGGCACAUUUAUCACAGAGGACGGGGAAUUGGUGCCAACUUUGGAGGCCUUUGAGGCAGGCUUCAUGAAGAGACUGGAGGGAGGGUAUAACCUGGAUAGUCCCUUUGAUGAGUUUGACAGAGAUACUUUCUCUGCUGCAGAUUUUGAUGUACAGGAAUUGGAUGAGAGUCAUUUUGACGCGUUUAACGGGGCGCCGGUUCCCUCUGAUUCGGUUUCUGUGGCGCCAACGAAUCCAUUCGAUAUGUUUAACGGCGGAAAUAAUCCUUUUGGAAAUCCUUUUGCCAAUCCUUUUGCUAGUCCGUUUGGACCAUUUGGUAACAAUCCAUUUGGUCAAAAUAUGUUUGGUCAGAACAACGGACAGUUUGGCCCAGGUCAACAAUUUAGUCAACAAGGUAAUAAUAAUGGGCCUGGACAGAACGGGCAAUUUGGACCUUUCGGUCAGGGUGGACAAGGAAUGCCUGGUUUCGGGGGACAAGGAGGACAGGGUAUGCCUGGUGGUUUCGGAGGACAAGGAGGACAGGGUAUGCCUGGUGGUUUCGGAGGACAAGGAGGACAGGGUAUGCCUGGUGGUUUCGGAGGACAAGGAAUGCCUGGUUUCGGGGGACAAGGAGGACAGGGUAUGCCUGGUGGUUUCGGAGGACAAGGAGGACAGGGUAUGCCUGGUGGUUUCGGAGGACAAGGAGGACAGGGUAUGCCUGGUGGUUUCGGAGGACAGGGUAUGCCUGGUGGUUUCGGAGGACAAGGAGGACAGGGUAUGCCUGGUGGUUUCGGAGGACAAGGAGGACCUGGAGGGUUUGGUGGCCAAGGAGGACCUGGUGGUUUCGGAGGACCUGGAGGACCUGGUGGUUUCGGAGGACCAGGAGGACCUGGGGGGUUUGGUGGCCAAGGAGGACCUGGAGGGUUUGGUGGCCAAGGAGGACCUGGAGGGUUUGGUGGCCAGGGAGGACCUGGAGGUCCACCCGGAUUUGGAGGUCAAGCUGGCCAAAUGUUUGGGGGCGGGGCACAGGGCGGCAUGCCAGGUGGCAUGCGUGGCGCUGGAGGAAUGGGCGGGAUGUUUGGAGGUAUGGGCGGUCAAGGUGGAAUGGGUGGGGCGUUUGGUGGAAUGGGUGGGGCAGGACAAGCUGGAAUGGGUGGUGGCAUGCCAGGUGGUUUGGGUGGAUUAGGCGGUGGUAUGGGUGGGGCCGGUGGUUUGGGUGGAUUAGGCGGUGGUAUGGGUGGGGCCGGUGGUUUGGGUGGAUUAGGCGGUGGUAUGGGUGGUGCCGGUGGUUUGGGAAGAGGAGCGGCUGGUGGCAGUGGUACUAGAGGCUCCGUUUUCUCCCUCCUGGGCAAAAAAUAA